AUGCAUCGACCGGCCGACCUCACGCCACCUGCGCGUCCCAUGUUCGCGAUGCUGUGCGCCAACAACGUGAACCGCAGCACCGAAGCGCACGACCACUUGCACGCCGCGGGCCUCCGCGUGUGCUCCUUCGGCGCCGGCAAUCGCGUGCGCUUCCCCGGCCCGUCGCGCGACGACCCGCGCAUCUACGAGUUCUCGACGCCCUACGCGACGAUGCACAGAGAGCUCCAGCGCGAGAACGGCGAGCUGUUCACGCGAAACGGAGUGCUCGCGAUGCUCGAGCGCGACAUGCUGACCAAGACAUGUCCCCAGCGGUGGCAGGACCUCAGUGUGAAGGAACUGCAGGCACUGGACGUGGUGCUCUGCUUUGACGACCGCAUCUUUGAGAUCGUGCUGGAAGACCUGCAGCUUCGAGGAGCUGCCGGAGGUCCUGGCGGACCCGGGAACGAGCCCACGACAGUCUGGCGACCGCUCCACGUGCUCUGUCUCGACACAAAAGACACACCCGAGCACGCGAAAACGGGUGGCCAAUUGGCACUGGAGCUCUGCCAAGCGAUUGACGGCCUGAACAGCCUCGACGACGACAUCGUGGAUGUCAUUCUGGACUUUGAGAGUCGAAAAGACGUGCACUUGCUCUACUCACUGAUGCACGUGUAG